AUGUUUUUCAGUCCAUGCCGCGACUCAUUGAUACACUCGAUUUUUCUGUGCGUUUUUAAGCCUGGCCUCUUAGAUGUCGUUAAAAAAUGCCGUGGCAAAAAUCUUCACUUUUCCACCGAAGUCGAACUACACGCGAGCGAGGCAGAUCUCAUAUUUGUCUGCGUAAACACUCCAACUAAGAACUAUGGAAUCGGAAUGGGACAGGCUGCUGAUCUGACAACGAUUGAGGCCGUCGCCCGAACACUCGCUGCCUGCUGCAAGGAGUCUAAGGUUGUCGUGGAGAAAAGCACGGUCCCUGUGCGCGCGGCAGCGCGUGUUGCCGAACUCCUUAACUUCCCUGGUCUCAAUGGCGAGGCUACUCCAGUAAGUUCACCUACCACCUUUCGCUCCUUCUCUCAAUCUUUUAACUUUUUUUCAUCGCUUUAUCAGUUUUUCGACUACUCUCAAUUUCCAUUGGCCCACUUAGUUCCCCUGUACCCUGUUAACACGGGCUUAAAGAUUCAAGGCUCUUGUGAUUAUCUUAUUUGUCAAGUUGAGCAUGCUGUUCUUUCCAACCCCGAAUUCCUUGCCGAGGGGACGGCUAUUAAGGAUCUUCUGAAUCCGGAUAGGGUUCUCAUCGGGGGUGAUGAGAACUCCGAGGUCUCUCGCCGCGGCAUAGAAAUGUUAACCUGGAUUUAUGAGCACUGGAUUCCGCGCGAUUUGAUUCUCGUUACGUCAGUAUGGUCUUCCGAAUUGUCCAAAUUGGCCGCGAACGCUUUUCUCGCCCAGCGAAUCAGCAGCAUAAACGCUGUUUCGGCUAUUUGUGAAGCCACCGGCGCCGAUGUUCGUGAGGUCUCUCAAGCCAUUAGUCUCGACUCCAGAAUUGGUCCCUACUUCCUCAAAGCCAGUCUUGGUUUCGGUGGAAGUUGUUUCAAAAAGGAUAUUCUCAAUUUGACCUACAUUUGCCAAACCCUUAAUCUUACUGAGGUAGCAGCCUACUGGAAUUCUGUGUUAGAAAUGAAUGAGCACCAGAUGAACCGCUUUGGCGGAUGCAUUCUUGACUCCCUUUUCAACAACCUGCGUGGCAAGCGAAUAGCAAUCUUUGGCUUUGCCUUCAAAAAGGACACUGGUGAUACCCGAGAGAGCGCUGCAAUCACUGUUUGUUCACUGCUGCUUUCGGAGUAUGCAAACCUGUUCAUCUACGAUCCCCAGGUACCCCGAGAUCAAAUACUCACUGACCUCACCGAACAGAGUGGCCAUACUUUGAGUGAGUUUUUGGUACUGACUUUAUGA